UUUGCAUUCAAUGAUGAGGCUCUCGGAACCAAUACUAGACAUGGAAAUGGCAAACUACAGUGAAGUUUUAGAUCCAACAUAUACGGCACUGGAGUUUGAAACUAUGCAGAUUCUGUACAAUGGCAAUGACAGUUCAGGAGAAGCUGUCAACAUGAACACUGCUGACAACGGGGUCAGUAGUCUCUGUGCUAUAUGUGGAGACCGAGCAACCGGAAAACAUUACGGUGCUUCGAGCUGUGAUGGGUGCAAGGGAUUCUUUAGACGCAGUAUACGGAAAAAUCACGUCUAUACAUGCAGAUUCAGCCGGCAGUGUAUUGUUGACAAGGACAAAAGGAAUCAAUGCAGAUAUUGUCGUUUAAAAAAGUGUUUUCGAGCAAAAAAGAAAAAAGAAGCUGUACAAAACGAACGAGACAGGAUAAGUACAAGAAGAAACACUUUCGAUGGCUGCAACAUUCCUUCUAUUAGCACGUUGUCACAAGCUGAGACACUCUCCCGUCAGAUCUCAAUCCCCAGUCCUGGUGCUAGCAGUGACAUAAAUGUUAAGAAAAUUGCUGGUAUUAGCGAUGUCUGUGAAUCUAUGAAGCAACAACUUCUAGUACUGGUGGAAUGGGCUAAAUAUAUUCCAGGCUUCUGUGAAUUACCACUGGAUGACCAGGUUGCCCUUCUAAGAGCACAUGCUGGUGAACACUUGUUGCUUGGAGCAGCAAAACGGUCCAUGGCAUAUAAGGACAUUUUACUUUUAGGCAAUAAUUACAUAAUCCAUCGCAACAGUGCUGAAGUAGAGAUCAGCCGAGUGGCAAAUCGGAUUCUAGAUGAAUUAGUUCGACCCUUCCAGGAAAUUCAGAUAGAUGACAAUGAAUACGCUUGCUUGAAAGCAAUUGUGUUUUUUGAUCCAGAUGCAAAAGGCCUGAGUAAUCCAAUGAAGAUUAAGAACAUGCGGUUCCAAGUCCAAAUCAGUUUAGAAGAUUAUAUUAAUGAUCGUCAGUAUGACUCCCGAGGAAGGUUUGGAGAACUUCUGCUUCUACUCCCUACACUCCAGAGCAUCACUUGGCAAAUGAUUGAGCAAAUACAACUGGUUAAACUAUUUGGAAUUGUUAAAAUUGACAGUUUGCUUCAGGAAAUGUUACUGGGAGGUACUUCUAAUGAUGCCAGUCAUCUGCAUCAUCCAGUACAUCCUCACUUAGCCCAGGAUCCAUUAACUGGCCAAACUAUCCUCAUAAGUUCAAUGUCUGCACCUGUACAUACAGAACAGAUUUCAACUCCAGAAACUCCAUUACCUUCCCCUCCUCAAGGGUCUGGACAAGAAUACAAAAUGUCUACAAAUCAGGCUUCAGUCAUUGCACAGCAAUCCAUUUUGAAACAAAAACCAUUGUGA